ACUCCUUGACUUUGAAAUGUAUCUCCCCAAGGCCUCGCUUUUGACCAUGUGGAGUCUGCCAGCCGCAGCCCAGUUCACCACCGGUGCCAACCCACUGACCAUUACCCAAGGUGAGAAGGAUGUUGUUCCGUCUACGUCCUGGACACCCUGGGCACCCCAGACUCAGUGGAAGAUUCAGAGACAACUACUGUCCAGGCCCACCAUUCUGAUCAGCCAGGCCGUUGCCAUAGAACAGAGAGAAGAGGUGACCCUCUACUGCGACACCAAGGACGCCAACGUUACCAUCCGUUGGUUCUCCAGCGAUCUCCCCCUCAUGUUCCAUGAGCGCAUGCUGCUGUCCACAGACCGCAAGACCCUCACCAUCCUGCCUGUGCAGUGGGAGGACUACGUGCCUUACAGAUGCCAGGCUCAGGGUUUCCACCAGGCCUAGAGCAGUGAUCCUGUCCUCCUGACUGUGCACUAUGGUCCUGACCCAUUUGAGAUCAAGGUGGAUUCUGGUGUAUCCAGCGGUGGGGGAGUGGUUGAGGUGACAGAGGGCUCCACUGGGACCUUCUCUGUGGAAACACCCUCUCACCCACCUCCUGACUAUUCCUGGUUUUUCCACAAUAAUUCCACCCCAUCUUCCUCCAAGAGAACGGCCACCAUCCAGGCUGUGUCCAUGGAACACGAAGGCAUGUACAGGUGCCUGGUGUCCAACAGUGCCACCCACCUGCUCUGCAUGGCUGCUCUUCCAAAAAUGCUGCCCAAGCCUCACAUUGUGUCCGCAAGCCUGACUCCCGUGGAAAAUGCCAGCUCCGUGACGCUGACCUGCCAGACCUCCCGCAAGGUGACUGCAGUCCUGUGGUUCCUGAGGAGCCAGGCCCUCCGGCCGAGCGAGCACCUGAUGCUUGCCGGCAACCGGAGCCUGGUCCGCGGCCUCCAGCGAGACGACACGGCCCUAUGGGUGCGAGGUCUGGAGCCUGGUCCGCGGCCUCCAGCGAGACGACACGGGGCCUAUGGGUGCGAGGUCUGGAGCCGGGACGGCCAGGCGCGAAGGGAGCCCCUCACGCUCACCAUCAGCUAUGGUCCAGAUCGAGUGGACAUCACCAGCAGGGCGUUGUCUGGGGCGGUCAGCACUAUCCAAGCAGAGCUCAACUCCAGCCUGACCCUGCAGCGUCAGGCAGAGUCCCAGCCAGGCGCUAAGUUUCACUGGACCCUUGAGCACUCCACCGCUGUGUAAGUGGGGAAGCAGCUAAUCAUUGAGGCCCUAACCUGGGAAUACGAGGGCAUCUACAACUGCACGGCCUCCAACCCAGUGACGCACCUGGCCCGCUCUGCCUCCGUCCUGGUCAGAGUGGCAGGUCCCAGGUCUUCCCUGUCUGCAAGAGUCAUUGCUGGCAUUGCCCUUGGGAUCCUGACUCUCAUUUCCCUAUCCACAGGGCUGGACUAUUUCCUCUGCAACGGAAACGCCAGAUGGUACUACCCCCAGAACCCCCAGAGCAGUUUUAUGAGAAAGAUCUACCAUCAGCACCCCCCAGGAACUAUUCCCACAGCCCCAGAAAACCCCUGCCCAAAGUUGCUGUGGAUCCAUCAGUCCCCACUCUCCCAAAAGGAAAUAUAG